UUUUCUUCAAGUGUGUAAACAACUGCGUAUUAUGUCAAGAAGAGAUGAUAACACACAUUUUAUAACACUUUUAUCAAGAAUAGCCAUCCAGCUCCACAGACUGGGUAGCCUACCAACAUCUGUCCAAACUGGCACUUGUCACUCUUUCGGUUCAAGAAGAAGGGAGUUUCGCGCCCCAUCACAGCUAUGGCCAGUUUGGCGUGGGGAGGUCAGGGCCAAGAGUUCUUCAAGAAGCACAAGGGGGAGCUUGAGAUGCGUCUUGAUGUCCUUGCACCUCUUCUUAUCCACCUGGAGAGUGGCGGGGUCCUCUCUCGCCUGGAGAGGGAAGAGGUGGAAUGCAAAACAACCAGCCAGGGUAAGAACUUUGCCCUCAUAACCAUGCUGGAGAAGAAAGGAGCCGUAGCACAAGAGAGGUUUUAUGAGGCUCUCAAGAAACACAACUCUCUUUUGGUGGAGGAUCUUCAGCCCGAGACACAGCAAAGAAGAGAUGUUCCUCCUCCUGGGCAGAUCCAGUUCACUUCAGUGCAGCCAGACUCUGUGUCCUUAAGCUGGUCACCACCAGAGGGCGCUCCUGGACCCCACAGGUUCAGAGUGACCUGGACAGGAGGUCAAAAGCUACACAGAAUAGUAGUGGCAGGUUUGGGUCUGAAGGUGACAGAACUGAAUCCAGGAGAGAAGUAUAACUUUGCUGUGGCCACCAUCAGUGAAGAUGGCUCAUUGAAGAGCUCAUGUGUGGAGAGAUCUGUUCACACAGCGGUUCCUCCACCAGAUAAUCUCACUGUGGAUUUGAGGUCAUUGACAGCCCAUCUGAAGUGGACCAAACCUGUCGGAGUGGACCAGGUAUCUUACCUGCUGGAGCUUCAGAAUCAGAAUCAUCAGAAAUGCAUAGAACCCAUCCACAGAAAUUCACCCAGUUACACACUCACAGGCCUAUAUCCUGGAGGAGAUUACACCAUCAGUGUGUACACUGUACUAAGCAAUGGCUGCCAAAGCAAACCCAGCAGCCAAAUCUUUAAAACAGAGAUUCCAGUCCCAGAGAGUCUGACUGUGGGAUCCAUCACUACAUCAUCUGCUAGCCUCAGCUGGGAGGUGCCUCCUGAGAUGAAGCAGACUCCACACAGUUUCCUGGUCUCUUACCAGAGUGACGGGACUGAGCCACAGUCCAUGUCUACCAAGUCAUGCAGCGCAGACAUCACCGGCCUGAAAUCAGGAACUGAUUACACUGUUGUAGUCUACACACAGCUCCAACAUGGAGGAAAGAGCCAGCCUGUUUCUGUUCACUUUAAGACAGGUCCAUCUCUGAGAAUCGUGCUGAUUGGAACGACUGGAGAGGGAAAGAGUGCUGUGGGCAACACCAUCCUAGGGAGAGAAGCAUUUCACUCAGAUAACUCAGUCACACAAGUGUGUGAAGGAGUGUGUAUGGGUAGUCCGAGACCGAUUGAAGUGAUUGAUACACCCGGUAUUUUACACACAGACAGAGAUACAGAUGUGAAAGAGGUAGUGAAAUUUAUGACAUACUGGUCUCCAGGUCCUCAUGUAAUCCUGCUGGUGAUUGCAGUGGGGAAGUUCAGUAGGGAGGAACAGAAGGCGGUCAGAGCCCUACAGGAGCUCUUUGGGGAGAGAGCUGCAAAGUACAUGAUGAUCCUGUUCACUCACAGUGAUGAACUGCAUGGUCAGACUAUUGAUGAAUAUCUGCACUCUACCCAGCCUGAACUGAAGAAAGUGAUAAAGAGCUGUGGUGGACAAUACCAUGUGUUCAACAACAAGAGCAGUGACCGCCGUCAAGUUGUAGAGCUGAUGAAUAAAAUAGAUGAGAUGGUGGAGAAAAAUCACUACACUGAUGAGAUUUAUGAAGAGACGAGGGCAUCUGAGCUGAAAAUGAUCCAGAAGAAGCUAGUCAUCGUUGGCAAGCCUUGUUCUGGGAAGGGUACUUUUCUUAGAGUUUUCAAAGAUAACACGUUUCCUGAAGACUGGAUUCCCAUGAUAUUUGAUAGCUGUAACGUUCACAUUGAAGUUGAUGGGAAACAGGUGCAGCUUGAGCUGUGUGGCACAAAUGGCAUGGAUGAAUACGACAGACUGCGGCCCCUGUCUUACCCCGGUGCAGAUGUCAUUCUUAUGUUUUUCUCCAUAGUUAAACCAUGCGCUUUGGAGAGCAUUCCAGAGAAGUUCAUUCCAGAGGUCAAAAACCUCUGUCCAAAUGUUCCCAUCAUUCUGGUGGGCAACAAGAAGGAUCUGCGCAAUGACAAGUACACACAACAGGAACUAGCAAUGAGGAAACAGAAACCUGUUGAAGAAAAGGAGGGCCAGGACAUGGCCAUUCGCAUCAAUGCCUUUGGCUACGUGGAGUGCUCAGCCAAGACUAAGGAGGGCCUCCUGGAGGUGUUGGAAUUGGCCACAAGGGCAGCACUGCAAACCAAGAAGCACAGCAAAGAGAGUGCCUGCCUCUUGUCAUAGAGGGUGAGGGAAUGUUGGGAAAGGGAGGAGCAGGGACCUAAACCAGUUCAACCAACAAACCCGAGGAGUUGGUAUUAGAAAGGGGAUGCAUUACUCAGGAUCUCAGGAGGAGAGGGGGGCGGAGACAUUCAAUCAGGUCAAAGAAUUUCGAACAGCACUGGUUUAAGACGUUAACUGGUUGAGACGAACAAACAAGCAAUUUUGGUUUAUUUAAAAAAUAACUAAUUAAUUAAUGCAAUUUUGGUAUGUGAAGGUUUUAUACUCUUGUCAAUGCCAUGUUUAAAAUAGAUUGAACAGAUCCAAGAUAGCUAGUCUGUGUUUGGACUGCCCAGGUGUCUGGAUUUUGCUGAUACUGAAGGAUCAGAUGAUUGACAGAUAUGUAAAUAAUGGUCAUGGUCAACUAAAGGAAGUGAUGCAAAACUAUUUUUUUCUGAAGACUAGAUCAUUUGAGCAUGCAACUCAUUGUGGAAGUUGAAUGAUACUAUGAUAUUGCUGAGACAAUAGUAAUUCACUUUAUUAUAUCUUCCCAGAAGUUUAGCAAAAUAUCAACUUUUGAAAAUGAAAUUAAAUUUCAUGUAAUGCAUUUCUUAAUAAUAAAAAAAGGUAGUACAUCAGAAGAAUGAGCAGUGGUGUCUUAAUAUUGGAAAUAAAGGA